CGCCUUUUCGGAACAUUACGAAGAAGAUUUAUGAUUGGUUGUUCCGAGCAAGGGUAGACCAAUAAGAGGCAGACUUUUUCGGUUCGGCGGAGCAAGUAUUGUCGCCGCUGAUUGGUUGGAGCUGCCGAGGGAGGAAAAUGGCUGCGAAUUCUUCGGUAGUCUCGGUGGCAGCGGCCACCACGGCGGUGCCGGGCGUGUCCAGUGUCGCGGAUUUCUCAGACUUGCGGGAAAUUAAAAAGCAGCUGCUGCUCAUUGCGGGCCUCACUCGGGAGCGGGGCCUGCUGCAUAGCAGCAAAUGGUCUGCGGAGUUGGCCUUCUCUCUGCCCGCCUUGCCUUUGUCCGAGCUGCAGCCGCUGCCGCCUCUUACAGAGGAGGACGCGCAGGAUGUGGACGCUUACACCCUGGCCAAGGCCUACUUUGAUGUUAAAGAGUAUGACCGGGCAGCACAUUUCCUGCAUGGCUGCAAUAGCAAGAAAGCCUAUUUUCUGUACAUGUAUUCCAGAUACCUGUCUGGAGAGAAGAAGAAAGAUGACGAAACAGUUGACAGCCUAGGACCCCUAGAAAAAGGACAAGUCAAAAAUGAAGCUCUCAGGGAACUGAGAGUGGAACUUAGUAGGAAGCACCAAGCUCGGGGACUUGAUGGAUUCGGCCUUUACCUGUAUGGGGUGGUGCUGCGGAAACUGGACUUAGUGAAAGAGGCCAUCGAUGUGUUUGUGGAGGCUACUCAUGUCUUGCCUUUGCACUGGGGAGCCUGGUUGGAGCUGUGUAACCUCAUCACAGACAAAGAGAUGCUGAAGUUCCUGUCUUUGCCCGACACCUGGAUGAAAGAGUUCUUCUUGGCUCAUAUAUACACAGAAUUGCAGCUGAUAGAGGAGGCCCUGCAGAAGUAUCAGCAUCUCAUUGAUGUGGGCUUUUCCAAGAGCUCAUACAUUGUUUCCCAAAUUGCAGUUGCCUAUCACAAUAUCAGAGAUAUCGACAAAGCCCUUUCUAUUUUCAAUGAGCUGAGGAAACAAGAUCCUUACAGGAUUGAAAAUAUGGACACAUUCUCCAAUCUUCUCUAUGUCAGGAGCAUGAAAUCUGAAUUGAGUUACCUGGCGCAUAACCUCUGUGAAAUUGAUAAGUACCGAGUAGAAACGUGCUGUGUGAUUGGCAAUUACUAUAGCUUACGCUCCCAGCAUGAGAAAGCAGCUUUGUAUUUCCAGAGAGCCCUAAAGUUGAAUCCUCGGUACCUUGGGGCCUGGACACUGAUGGGGCAUGAGUACAUGGAAAUGAAAAACACAUCGGCAGCUAUUCAGGCUUACCGACAUGCCAUUGAGGUCAACAAGAGAGACUACAGAGCUUGGUAUGGCCUUGGGCAGACCUAUGAAAUCCUGAAGAUGCCAUUUUAUUGCCUUUAUUAUUAUAGACGGGCCCACCAGCUUCGUCCCAAUGAUUCUCGUAUGCUGGUUGCCUUAGGAGAAUGUUAUGAGAAACUCAAUCAACUAGUGGAAGCCAAAAAGUGUUAUUGGAGAGCAUAUGCUGUGGGAGAUGUGGAGAAAAUGGCUCUGGUGAAGCUGGCCAAGCUUCAUGAACAGUUGACUGAGUCAGAGCAGGCUGCCCAGUGUUACAUCAAAUAUAUCCAAGAUAUCUAUUCCUGUGGGGAAACAGUGGAGCACUUAGAGGAGAGCACGGCCUUCCGAUACCUGGCCCAGUACUAUUUUAAGUGCAAGCUGUGGGAUGAAGCUUCAACUUGUGCCCAAAAGUGCUGUGCAUUCAAUGAUACCCGGGAAGAAGGUAAGGCCUUGCUCCGCCAGAUCCUACAGCUGAGGAACCAAGGGGAGACACCCACCUCUGACACGCCUGGUACCUUUUUCCUCCCUGCCUCACUGUCUGCAAACAACACUCCUACACGCAGAGUUUCUCCACUCAACCUGUCUUCAGUCACACCGUAGUUGACUACUCUCACGUCAGCACAUUGCUAGACCAAGAUUAAACCUUACCUCCAGUAAAGAACACCACAUCUGUUCCCAAGGACCUAAGCUCUUCUCAUUAUCUAGACAGAAACAGCCUGAGGGACAGCCUAUGGAACCACCUUCAGAGGCAGACAGAAGUAUGGUGGGGGACAGAUACCAUCUUGUGCCAGCCAGCAGUGCUCUCUUCUAUUCAGAAUGGCGGGUCUUGGCCUUCCUAGUCUCUCCACUGCCUCUAAAGGUUCAGUGCUGCUGAGUGGGGUGGGCAAGGAAGGAGCAAAGGCUCUCAUGCUUGUCCUCUACAAGCAGGGAGGUCAGCUUUGAACAGUGACUUUAAGACAGGGCUUUUCUGUGUAGCCCAGUCUGGGGCCUUUCUGCCUCACCUCCCUAAUGAUAGGAUUCAGGCGUAUGCCAUGAGGCCUGGCUAGAAUGGCCUUAGCGAGAGUCAGAGUUCUGAUGUCAAAGGCUUAAAUUAGGUUUAAAUAGAGUGGAGCUCUUCACAGAAGAUCCUGUGGAGAGCUCCACUCUAUUUAAAAGCCUUCUAAAACCUUCCAAGUGAGAGUCUCAGUGAGCAUCAACUGUGGCUCACAUUGAGGGCCAGAUGGCUACAGCAUUAACUAUAGAUACCUGAUGAAAGCACCACAAGGAGACAACUCUACGACGGUUGUGAAAGGACCUUUUUUACUGCAGAUAUUAAAGCCUAUGCUGGCAUCUUUUAGUAAAGGCUUGAUAGAAUUUUUUAAAUCUUCAAAAGAAUACUUGGUUUUUCAACCUUAUCUACAAGGUUGAAGGAAUCACCCUUGAUGUCUGCUAUGCGCUUGUGCAGCAGGUGCUAUAGAUCUUGUUUUGGAUCUAGCCUUCCUCACGUUUCUUCCCCUUUAGUGGAAGGAACAUUAGCGGUGGUGGUGCAUGUCUUUAAUCCCAGCAUUUUGGAGACAGAGGCAGGUGGAUGUUUUGACAUAGCAACUUCCAGGCCAGACAGAGCUGUCCAAGCCCUUUGGAUAGCUAGCACGGAACUUGCUUCCUAAUAUGCAUUAGGCUGGUUCCCACUGC